AUGGCCAAGAGCACAACAACCGAUGGCGAAAAUGUAAAGGCAAACAGUGAGAACGGCAGCACUGCUGCUGCCUCUCCCAACAACGAACAUGUCAACAUUGAGCCUAUGACCAACGUCAAGGGCAAAGACAGACCUACAUCUGCUCAUGCCAGAGAUGAAGGAACAGAGGCUGAAACCCGGGGUGAUCAGGACCCCGAGAAGAAAGCCCAAGCCAAUGGCUCCGAACCGGCCAAUGUCGACCACCAUCCAUUUGCAAACAGCUAUCAGGUCGACAGCGCCAGGGCCGCCGCCGACCCGGACGUAGUUUACCUGCGCGACGACGAGAUUGAGACUUUUCUCGACGAGCUAGACCACAAUGGUGACGGGUGCAUCGACUACUCUGAAGUAGAGCGCAAGCUGGAUGAGGUACACGACGAGCUCGCCCCGACGGCCCAACCGCACCAUCUUCACCACGAUAGCAAGCAAGACCGCGAGCGGCACGUCUUCCUGCGCUCCGUCAUCGGCUCCGACAAGGACCGCAUCCCACGCGCUGACUUUGCGCGUGUGGUCAAGAGCUGGCGGAUCCCGUCCAUGAAGCAGGAGGGCGACAAGAAGGACGACCAGGACAAGUACCUCCGCGAAAUGUCCAUCUUCAGGCGCGUGCGGGCGUACUGGGCCGUCCACGGGCCCGAGAUUGCUUUCCUCGGCAUCGUCGUCGGCCUGCAGCUCGGCCUGGGAAUCUGGCAGUGCCACAAGUAUGCCUCGGGACAACAGUACCAGGCUGCCUUUGGCUGGGGCGUCGCCCUGGCCAAGUUUUGCGCCGGCGCUCUGUAUCCGACUUUUUUCUUUUUGAUCUUGAGCAUGUCCCGAUAUUUCUCGACCUUUUUACGUCGGAGCUACCACCUGAGCCGCUUCAUCAACUGGGACCUGUCCCAAGAGUUUCACAUCAAGAUCUCCAUCGCUGCGCUGGUCCUCGCCAGCCUGCACGCCCUGGGCCAUCUGAGCGGCACCUUCAACUGGGGCAGCCGGCCCGAGAGGCAAGACGCCGUCGGGGUCCUCCUGGGAGAGGAUCAGGUGCCUCGCCCCUACAGCGCAUACGUGUCAUCCCUGCCCGGCAUCACCGGCCUCCUGGCGCUGGGGCUGUUCUACACGCUCGCGCUUCUGAGCAUGCCCAAGGUGCGACGGUGGAACUACGAGGUCUUUCAGCUCGCGCACCUGCUCAUGUUCCCCAUCAUCGGGCUGCUGGCGGCGCACGGGACGGCGCAGCUCCUGCAGUACGCCAUGUUUGGGUACUGGCUCGCCAUCCCGACGAUCCUCGUGCUGACGGAGCGGCUCGUGCGUGUUGGCACGGGGUUCCACCGCAUCCCGGCGGUGCUCAAGGUCCUCGACGACGAGACGGUCGAGCUCCGCGCCACGAUCCCCAGCGAGCGCAUCUGGAAGUACCAGGCCGGCCAGUGGGCGUACCUGCAGGUCCCGACCAUCAGCAUGUGGCAGUGGCACCCUUUUACCAUAUCCGUCUGCGUGGGCAAGGAGAUGCGCAUGCACAUCAAGACGGACGGCGACUGGACCGGGAAGCUGAGGGAUCUGGCCAAGGACGUCCCGCAGGGCCAAGAGGUCGACAUCAAGAUCGGCAUCAACGGGCCGUUUGGCGCCCCCGCCCAGCGCUUCUACAGCUUCAACCACACCAUCUUGGUGGGUGCCGGCAUCGGCCUAACGCCGUUUUCCGGAAUCCUGGCAGAUCUCCAGGCCAAAGAGGACAGGCUGCACGGCGGGCCGACGCAGAAACUACAGGAGCAGGCAGAAAAGGGGGUGGACGGGCUCGGCAACACAUCUGCAGACGCUUCUUCUGAUGGACGAAUCGGAACCAGCAAGGAAGCAGAGGCGAUGCCGCAACGCACCGAUGUAGACAUGCAAGCGCCCACCAGCGGCGACCAGUCCAACACGACGCUGCAAGACACGGCCGACUCGGACUCGUCCUCGUCCAUCUCGCGACCAUCGAGCUCCUUCUCCUCCUUUGCCAGCGACUACCGCCGCGUCGACUUCCACUGGAUGGUGCGCGACCGCAACCACCUCCUCUGGAUCGCCGAGCUGCUCAACACGGUAUCCCGGUCGCAGGCCUGGCAUCACCGGCACGACGCGCCCGGCGAGUACCACCUCGACAUCCGGAUGCAGACGCACGUGACGCAGAAGCGCAAAGCCAUCAGCACGCACGUCUACCGGUGGCUGCUCGAGCAGCACCGCACCCCGGAGCACCCGGCGAGCCCCAUCACGGGACUGAUCAACCCGACGCAGUUUGGCCGGCCCGACUUUGUGCGCAUCCUGGAUCGGCACUACGACGACAUGAGGAAGUACAAGGCCGGGCUGGUCGCCAGGGCCUCGGGUGGUGAUGGUGGCGAGGAUGAUGCUUCGAGCGUGGCUGACGACGAGGUCAAGGUCGGCGUGUUUUUCUGCGGCACGCCGAUCGUCGGUGAGAUCCUUGCCGAUCGCUGCAGGGCAUUGACGGCUAGGGGUAGGCACGAUGGCAGCAAGAUUGAGUAUUACUUUAUAAUGGAGGUUUUCAACUAG